AGCACACCCCCACAAUCUGCAGGUCAUAUCUUCUCCAACAACAGUGAAAUUAAAGAAGACAAUCAAUCUGCUUCCCAUAGACAUAACAUCAAAGAUGGGGAGACCACAACUCAUUACUACAUUAUUUCUAGCCCUUUUGGCCCUUUUUGCCGCAUCAUCAACACAAGCCCAGCUCCAGAUGAACUUCUACUCCAAGUCCUGCCCCAAAGCCGAACAGAUCGUGCUCGAUUAUGUCACCAAGCACAUCUCCAACGCCCCUUCCUUGGCCGCUCCCCUCCUCCGAAUGCACUUCCACGACUGCUUCGUCAGGGGUUGUGAUGCUUCUGUGAUGAUAAACUCCACGGCCAACAACACGGCAGAGAAAGCCGCCGCUCCCAACCUCACGCUCCGUGGGUUCAACUUCAUCGACGGCCUCAAAACCCUGCUGGAGAAAGAGUGCCCCGGCGUCGUCUCCUGCGCUGAUAUCCUCGCUCUCGCCGCCAGAGACUCCGUCGUACACAUUGGCGGUCCAAACUGGCAAGUCCCCACCGGGAGAAGAGACGGCAGAAUCUCCAACUCCACCGAAGCUCUCAACGCCAUCCCUCCUCCGACCAGCAACAUCACCACCCUCCGGACCCUCUUCGGCAACGUCGGGCUCGACUUGAAAGACCUCGUCCUCCUCUCCGCGGCGCACACGAUCGGGAUAUCACACUGCAACUCGUUCUCGGCCCGGCUGUACAACUUCACGGGUCGGGGGAACGGGCAGGACCCGGCCCUGGACAGCGAGUACGCCACGAAGCUGAAGAUGAAGUGCGUGAACACCACCGACAACGUGACGAUCGUGGAGAUGGACCCGGGCAGCUUCCGGACGUUCGACCUCAGCUACUUCCAGCUGCUGCAGAAGAGGCGGGGUUUGUUCCAAUCCGACGCCGCUUUGAGGACCAGCUCCACCACGCAGUCCUUCAUCAGCCAGUUCGGGUCGGGUUCGGUGCAGAGCUUCUUCUCCGAGUUCGCCAAGUCCAUGGAGAAGAUGGGUCGGAUCAACGUCAAGACCGGGUCCGCUGGCGAGAUCCGGAGGACCUGUGCGGUGGUUAAUUAAUUGAGUUUUUAAUUAAUUGGAAAAUCGAAAGUGUCUUUUUCUUGCUUGGAUUCGUUUGUGCUUUUAUAUAUUUUUUUUCGUCUUUUGAGGAGGAAACAAACAGUGAGAUCUUUUGUUCUUCGGAUCGGGCAUUUGUGGACUGUGAGCAAUUUUUUUCUCUGUUGAUGUGUUGCGUCUUGUCUGAGUGCGGGUCUGAAUAAUUGAUCUCUUCUUUUUUCUUUUUUCUUUUCUUCUAAUAUUUUUAAUGUUUUGCAUGUGUAAUUGUUGAGGGGGAAUCUUUGUACUAAUAAUAAGACCAAUUAUUUGAC